AUGGAGCCAUCCGCCAGCCAUAGAAAAAGAAGAAAACGAGAGAAGACGAAAAAGAUCCAGAAAACAACACAAACUUCACAUGAUAAUAAUGACAUAUCGGAAUCAGAGCCGAUCCCUCCCGACAUAAUCUUUGAGAUACUCUCAAAACUGUCUAUGGAAUCAAUUGUGAGAUUUCAGUCCGUCUCUAAGCUCUGGUCGUCCAUCACCGCCACUCCAGAAUUCACCAAGGCUCGGUCCUCGCCAUCACCGCCGCGUGUUCUACUACUCUUUCAAAAACGCGAGAGGGUGUUCGCUUUCUCGUCUCCGACACAAGAGAGUAAUAAUCCCGACAAUCCCUACCCUCCGCGAGUGGUCAGUUGUCCGUAUGAAUGUCUCUAUAACUGUUUUGAUUCCGUGUACGGCUUUGUUUGCUUGCGAAGUCUUACACAGUUCAAGAUUUGGAACCCAACCACGGGACGUGUCUUCACUCUACCAAAACUUGAAUGUGAUGAACGCUCAAUCGCGAAUAAGUUUUUAUUGGGAUAUGGUUCGGUUGAUGAUGAAUACAAAGCACUUAGCAUUCUUAGAGGCAGCUCAAUUGGGAUUCUUACAUUGGGAGCUCAAGAAUCAUGGAGAUUUAUAUCCACACGUAUCCCUAAGCAUGUCCCUUUGCCAUUCGCUGGGGUACACAAUAGCGUCAUUUGCAUUGAUGGCUUCAUUUACUAUGAAGCUUUUAUGUGUUUGGCUAUGAAACACGCCAUAAUGAGCUUUGAUCUCAGAUCCGAAGAGCUCAGUCUUAUUAAACACCCGAACAGGGAAAAACGAUGUUUGUUGGUAUCUUAUGAGGGAAGACUAGCUUUGGUCACUUCCAUUAGCUCUGGUGUUGAAUUAUGGAUUUUGGAGGAUGCAGAGAAUCACGAAUGGUCACAUAAAAGCUUCUCUUCACCUCCUCCUCCUUACGAAAAAUGGAUGUUGAAGGGUGUUACUGAUGCUGGUGAGUUUAUUUAUAUCUACACACCAUUCUCUACUUUUCGUUUUUCCGGAAAAUUUCGCGGGAGUAGUGAAGUUAUUCAUGUAGAAAAGAGUUUGCAUGAAUCCUUCUCUGUUAUGUAUUUUGAUCCCACGAAGAAAACUACAAGAGAAGUUAAGUUUGGAGGAAUUGGUUGUGACGAUAUUCGGAGACUCGAUGAAGUUGGAUUCAAUAUUCGCGAUGACUUAAUUGUUAUACCAAAUCACAUUGAGAGUCUCAUGUCGUUGUAA